GUGGCGUGAUGUAACAACAUUAAUUUUAUAAUCUUGUCUACCAAUAUGAAGUGUAGAUAACCUACGUAUCGAAUAAUAAUGAUUUUUGUGCAGUGUAGUACUUCUCGAUUGAGUGUGACUGUCAGCUAUGAGUGAUACAAUUAUUAGUAAUUCUAAUACUGUUCUUGGAAAUAGUGAAGCAAUAUAUUGUGGUAACUUCAUGACACUUUGUGUGUAAAAUUAAUGACGGAAACUGAUUUAUCGACCUAGCACUAGUAUUAUUAAUUUAUCUGUGAUAAACAUUUCCCUAGUUAUUUCUUGUAAUCGUUUUCGUGCUAUUCAAUUUUAAAUAACUUAUAGGUUUUGAAUGAACCUGUACAUUGAAUAUAUGACCAAUAGUUGUUUUAACUAGGCUACUUACAUAUCAGUGAAUUGAAAUGUAAAAAUAUACAAUAAAUAUCUGUUCAUACAGACUCAUUAUCAGCUAACCUAUAUUUGGUGAAAAUGUUUAAAAAGGACAAAUAGAGUAUAAUUCACAGCAGAUAAUGUUGAAGAUAAGCUUAAAGAUAUGUUCAAAGAAUGAAGAAUAUGAUACGUCGGAGAAAAAAGAAGAGCAAGAGAAAACAAUGUGGUUUGGAUAUAUGUGACCCUCACCAUGUUUUAAACUCUCACUCAUCAUAUCUAAAUAUUUUUUGCAGGUCGGACAGUAUGUCCACUGAAAUGAUGUGUCAAUUGUAUGAAGGCCAGCUCUACAAAUAUACCAAUGUUAUGAAAGGCUGGCAGUUCAGGUGGUUCAUAUUGGAUCCCAAAACUGGCAUUCUCAAUUACUAUUUGAGCGAAAGCGAGAGCCGGCAGACUCCAAGAGGCUGGGUACAUUUGGAGUCAGCUGUGAUAUCUCCUAGUGACGAGGACUCCAACACAUUCACCGUUAAUUCAUCUUCUGGGGAAAUGUUCAAGCUACGAGCGCAGGACGCCCGGGCACGCCAAGAGUGGGUCAAUCGUCUGCGUGCUGUUGCUGAACUUCAUGCUAUGGCUGUAGCUCAUAACAAUCCACCACUAUUGCCCCGGGAACAUGUAACACCUGGCAAUGGCGGACUUCAGAGCAGUUCCACUCUCGCUGUGUGGGACGCCUUCUCUGCUGUCAAAGACCACCUCUUUCGAGCUGAACAGAGCAACUUCCUGCUGGCUCGUGCCAUCGAUGACCUGCCAACUUGUGGUGAUGUGCGUCAUGUAGACAACGACUUGCUGCUGUUGAAGGCUGCGUCUCAUGCUAUGUUGCUGAGCCUCAGCCAAUGUUUGUACAUUCUGCAGCAUCAACAAUCUACUGCUAGUGAUAUCGGCAGCUGCAAGAGUUCCAAAGCUAACUCUGACAACCCCAACUGCUCCUCCUCUCAUUCCAAAAAGAAGUUUGUCCUUUAGCCUUAGAUAAUGUGAUUGACCAUAUUUCUCUCCUCUUUUACUUCUGCCACAAUGACCAGGCAUUUUAGUUUUUACUUAGUAGUGUUAUAAAUAUGUUUAUAUUUUUGUACUCUUUGUAUGGUUAUAGUUGUUAUACCUCUGAAACCAUGGACUGACAAUGUUGACUCAACCGUAGUGUUGCUUAUAUGAGUCAAACUUUUUAGUAGAAAAUACUAUUUUAAACCUUUCUCAUCAGUUAUCUACUUUUUAUUUAAUGUAGAUAUAAGUUACUUGAUUAUGUAAUUAUUGUAAAGUAUAAUAGUCAUUAAUUUUCCACAACCCUGAGCUUUAUAAAAUAAAAUAUAUUGUACAAAUUGGUACUAUAUAAGUCUUAGUUGUUAUUCCAACAGUUUGUUGACACUACAAUUUUAACAUUUACUUAAUACAUUUAUAUAUUCUUUUACAUACACUAAGCAAUGCAGAUGCAUACGAGUGUGCGAGUACUAUUUGAGUCCAGUGGAAGAGUGAAUUUUGAAAUAAAAGUUAAACUUAAAUAUAUUUAAAGUAACAUAUGCAAUAACAAGUGUUUAAAUUGUAUCUCUCAUCUCUUGAAACAACUAGCAUAGUACAGCAAAAGGUAGAAAAGAUUAUUUCACAAAAAUAUUAGUAUAUAUAUAUAUAUAUAUAUAUAUAUAUAUCCAGAAAUUGCUAACAAGUAAAUCAGUAGUCGCCGUACUGGAAAUAUAAACAGCAAUUAAGAAUAACUUUGGAGUUAUCUAAUUAUCAAUUAGAAUUAACAACUAUAAUCGAUUUUUACUAUCUGGCUAUCCCAACAGUCACAAUUACCAUACAGUUUGUGCCAAAGAACUAGUAAACGUUUAAGGUUUCAUCCUUACAACAUACAGGCAGUCCAGGAGUGAAAUGUAAAAUUAACAGACCCAGAAAGGUAUGUUGGUUGAAUAAUUUAAGAGAUUCUGUAGAAAUAAUGCAACUAAGAAGUUCAAACCAAAUUACUCUUUAUUUUCAAAUAUACAAUAAUUACAAUUCCAAGCAUCCUGUACUGAAAGUACCGCCACAUGGGCCGAGGCCUGUGCGUGACGGUGAGCUCUUAUUAAAAAUAAUGUAAUAGAACAGACUUUUUAAAAUAUAUCCAUACAGUAAGCCCAUUUCAGCUCUCACAUCAAGUCUUACAAAAUGAAAUAAUAGUUACAAAAAAAAGAAUAUCCAAGCAAGCAGUUGAACAUGUUACAUAUGCUGACACAACGGCAAAGCAACUGAAAGUAGUUAUAGUAAAAUGUAGUUAAUAAUGGUAAGUGGGAGUGGGAAGUUAGAUGUGACUUUCUUCAAAGAUGAAACUUAGUUUUACUUAAACUGAUACAUUAACUGCCAGAAUAGCUGAAUUUGAGCUUCAAUAAACCAACAUGUUUUUCAAAAAUCUUCACUCAACCCUAAAAAAGUUGGAGUAUGGUGUACAGAUUCUAGACAAAAUUAUUGGACCAAUAGUUUUUUAAUGUACUGUUAACUCAAACGCCUACUCAGAAAUCAUUCAUCAGUUUGUUGUUUUACUGAAAAUUAUGAGCCAGGAACCCCACCUGACUGUGAAAACCAUGAAAUCGAGAAUUUUGUUCACCAUGAAAGAAACUAAAAUAAGCUAUAUUUAAUUUACAAACCGUGAAAAUCUCUACACCUUGAAAUUAAACGAAUGAACAUGCGUCAUCAUUGGGAUUAUAAAGUAAGGCCCGGUUCACACAUGAGUGAGAAUUGCUCAAGCGUAAUAGCGGCAACUUGUCCUGGCACGAUUUAGUAGCAUACUAGAUCAUAUGGAGUGGUUCAGAUGAGCAAGCGCAAGCUGGACGAUUGCAACCGAACACAGCAUGCAGGAUCGACGGUUGCAAACAACCACCACCAAUACUAGAUCUACUAGAUAACGCUGCUUUCAGCUGUUAGCUCCACCGAUGUGGUAGGCUCGAUUCAUACAAGCGAUAAUUGUACUGAAGCUGAAAAUGAAUCGUGUGUGGGGAAGCACUGGAAGGUUCAUACAGGUCACCAGUCAUCGCAGUCGAUCGUCGAACCUUCUCGAAAUAUGGAUGAUGGUGGAUUUGACUGGAGAGGGGCUCAUGGAUGUGUUGAUAUGAUACCUCAGUAACGUAUAAACAUUACUUUUUGUAGACUAUGAUGUUAAUAUUUUAUCGUAUUUUUUUGUAAUGUUUCAUAUAUUUACUACUAAAUAAAACUUUGAUUUAUUGUUAUCUAUCAGUCACUUAUAAUCAGAUAGAUCACUUUAAAAAUACAUGCCACAUACAUGUUCACGAAUAAUAUUUUACCUGCCAACUUAUUAUUUUUAUUUAUUUUACAAUUAAAGUACUUUGUAAGUAUAUUUCAAUUUGCAAUAUAUUACAUUUCAUUCAUGCAAACUCUGCGUUAAAUUUAGUCUCGAGUGAUUUAUUAUUGUUUUAUUAGUUGUAAUGGGUGAGGCUUUUUUACAACAAUUCAUAUUAUAUAUAUAGAAAUGUUGUCACUCCUUUAUUAUACAUAAUCAUGUUAGAAAUUACUUUAUACUGUGUUAAUAAACACAAAUAAAUAAAGUAUAUUGUCCUUUACAUUUUAAACUUUAAUUCCUUUGUAUGCUGUUUGUGUCUAAGUACUUUUCUAUUUAAGUACUAAGUUUAGCUUUUGCCAAAAAUGCCAAUCCACAAGUUAAACAUGUAGUGUUAACAUUGUGUUAAUAAACACAAAUAAAUAAAGUAUAACUGUCCUUUACAUGUUAAACUUUAAUUGCUUUGUAUGCUGUUUGUGUCUAAGUACUUUUACAUUUAAGUACUAAGUUUAGUUUUUGCCAAAAAUGCCAAUCCACAAGUUAACAUGUAGUUGAAAGAAAGACACACAAGGACUAGAAAUGAGAAAAUAUCAAUGCAGUGUCCUGAAGUUGUACUUCAGUGCACGAAAAACAUAGGAGUAGUGAACCGAUCAGAUCAGUACCUUAGUUACUACAGUUUUGGAAGACCAUCAAAGAAGUUAUGGAAAUAUUUGUAUGAUUUUGUAUUAAAUCAAGCAAUUAUAAAUUCGUUUUUAUUGGAAAAACUCACAAAUAGGCAGGAAAGAACUAAACAUGGCACCACUCACCCGGAGUUCUGAAAAGUCCUGCUGCAACAACUCAUUGGAAAUUUUUGGUCUUGGAAAAAUAUUGGUACAAAAUUAAGUUUUCCCUGUUCUCUAAAUGACCUAAAAUCUUCUCAUAAACUAGAAAAAAAUCAAACAUGCUCAGGUUUGAGGGGUUUUCACGAAAAAAAAUCAGGCUGAGCUGUUCAAACUUUUUCCAAGUGUAAAAAAUGUGAUACUCCAUUCUGUAAAAUAAACUGUUUCUUGUAUCAUCAGAAGAAAGGAGUAGAGAUUACACAAUAAUCAAUACAUUUAAGUGUAAGUUUAAUCUUGGUUUUUAUAUGUUAGAGGCAUAAAAACUUAUAUAUUUAUAUUAUUAUACAAAUAAACAUUUAUUGUACAAAUGAGUUUUCAUUUGGAUUUGAUUUACCUCAUAAGAUUAGUACAUUUUCAAAUCCCACCGUACUAUAGAGAACUUAAAAAUCUUAACAACAAUGUAUAAUAUGCAACAGUUGUGUCGAAAUAGUGUUGUAAUUAUAAUUUAAAAUGUGAAAGUGUUCUUCCUUGGCAGAACAGCUGAAUUAAUUCAGCCCGGUAGUGCCAGAAGCGUGUCAUUCGAUCAGGAGAGGGUUAAACAUAAUAUGAGAUUCACAGUAUUGUACAAGUUAGGAAGUGACUGCAAGGCAGUCACAGUUAUAGCAUUAAGUCAAAUCUUGUCUUUAGAAUUCACAUCAUGUUGUAUCUUGUAUGCUGUGUUCCUCAUUAUUUUAGUACACUGAUUUUUAUUAAGACCUGAGCAAUUAUUCUAUUGUCGAUACUUGACCAAAAUUUUGAGUUAUUUGUACAGCUUGACUUUAGCUUCAGACAUUGAUGUUAAAACCCAAAUAAUUCUUGAAUCUUGAAUCUUGAUAGGAUAACAGCUUUUCAGAUAUUUGCCAUUGUUACAAAAAUAGAACACUAUGUUUUGAGGAUUGGAAUCUAUCAUCAGAUGUCAAAAACAUUAAGGCAUAAGUUAACCCUGCACAAAAAUUUAAGAAAUCAAAUAAAUAUGUGCCAAUAAAUUCACCGUAUCAUGGAUAAGAACUGAUAAGUUGUACGUCAAUCAUCAAACAAAAAGAGGGAAUAGGAUGGCAAUGGUUGAAAAGAGGGACGUUUUUGUUUAUGUACACAAAGUCAUGUUCUAUGUGUUAGAAGUUUAUUAGAUAAGGUUUCUUUGAAUUUUAUAAUUAGUGUAGGUUUCCUACUUAAUUACUUUUUUAAUACUAGUAGUCAAAGGGGCCUAACUUCAAGAGAGGGCUCAUUUAAUGGUUGAUCUGCCAAUUUUAUGUAUAAAGCCUCAAUUAAUUUACGUUUGAAAAAUUCUGUUCAAAGUGUAUUACGUUGCUUUAUAGUACUUCAUGUGAUGAUUUUCAGUAAAGUAAUGUUGAACAGUU